UAUGGAAGAUAAUUAAUGUUUAGCUUCUCUCUUUGCUGAAAUCUUAUAAAUUGUCAAGCCCUAAUCAGCUGACAUGUAACAGUUUAAAGAAGUCUCUAAUGAAAGAUUAAGAAAAUGUAUUCUUGAAUUAGUUCGAGAACUCGCAACUCUUAUGUAGAAUCUUAAGGAAUAGUUAGAAGAAUUCAUUGACAAUAAAUAUGAAUAAGAGAUCCAAAGACUCGAAAAUACAAUUCGAUAACAUAUAAGAGUAGAAUAAUNGUAUUGGAACAAAUAUUCUCAUGGAAAAUUGAUGUCACAUUAACUUUAUGGUAAAAAUCUUGUACCUAGAGAAUUGAUUAGUAAGAUUUUAUAAUUAAUUAGGCAAACUAUUUAAUAAAUUAAAUUUAAAGCCUUAAUAAGUAAGCAUGGUCUCUCUAUCCAAUAUACAAUAAUUAAUAAUUAAUUAAUUACUAAUCAAUAGUGAAUAAAAUCAUUUAUCUUUGGCAUCUACUAUUUAAAGUGCUCAUCCUGCUCAUCGAGAUAAUCUCUCAUAAAUUUUGAUUGAUUCAGAGGAUAUUAAUCAAAAUGAUGAAUUGGAAAUAUUACAAGAUUCAUAAAUUAUAUCCAAUGAUUAAGAACUACAAAUUUAUAAUCAAAAUGAUUAAUAAGAAGAAAUAGAAGCAAAGUUAUCAAAAUGUUAAACAGAAGAGGCUUUAUUAAAAAUUGAGAAACAACGAUAAAAUAAAUUUUUAACAUAGCCUUCUCAAUCAAAAUCUCCUAAAAAUAAUAAAUAAUAAUAACAUACUCCAUUAAAUAAAAUGUUAUCAACACCAAAAAUUACUAUAUUUAAAAGGUCAGUUUCACCAGUUUUUACAACUAUUCGUCAUUUGUUUUCAGUAAUCAGAAUUUGA